AAAGCUUGUUUUCAUACUUACAGGUGAUUUUUAAUUACCAGUACAAUACUGGUAGGAAUGCUUAAUUUAGCACCUCCAUGACCAACCUUUAUGAAGACUUCCAGCAGGCAUGGGAAACUCGCUUUCCUGGCUCUGAGGUCCCACAAGUCUGGGAAAAUGAUGUGCGGGAGAACUUGAAACGUCACAGAGCACGACUCUGUGAACUCCACGACGACGUUGAGAAGGAAGAGUUUUAUGUUAAUUACCUCGAGGAGUUGCUGGAGAGCCUGGAGAGGCAGAAGCAGACAACAUCCCCAACUGAUGAAAAGCCCCUGCCCGGAGUGAACUACAUCACUGUGAUUGAAGUGGCAGGGCAGGAGAAGCGAGUCCCAGUCCUACAGCCAAGGGCUGAGUCUCAGGGAAAGCGCCCCCCACCACCACUCCCACCAAAGUUGUAUCGCCAGUCUGCCCCAGGUGCCCUGUCACCAACAGUCAAAAAUGGCCCCAGUGAUGAUGAGAAACAUUGUGAAGAUUCGAAGACAGAGGAGACCCGUCAGUCUCCAGUCCCAGCUCCAGUCAGUCUUAGUGCCAGCAGUUCCAGUGUCUCUUCUGUGAAGAGUGAGUCCUUGGAACUCAAACCCCCUGCUCAAGCAGAAAAGGAAGGUACUGAAGAGCCCCAUUAUGACACAGUCUGUCCUGAUGAAGUUGUGGAAGACAAUCUGAGUCCAACAUUCCCUCAAGACACUUUUCGAUCUGGGGGAAGCAGUUCUCUGGAUUACGAAGAAACACUGAAGUCUCAAGCAUCUGGGAUGUCUGGAGACAGUGAGACCAGUGAAGCAUCAGGAGCAACAGGGACAUUGGAUCAGGAAGAGUCUGUAGGCCAGCCCAAAACUAAGACCCAUCGACUCAGGUAUUUGUUGGCAAAGCAGUCAGUUUCUGAUGACCAGGACCAGAUCCCUUUGCCAAACCACUCCAAUUCUUUCUCUUUGGAUCAGGAAGAUCUCCAAGACAUUGAUUCUGGUCAGUUGGGUGUGUAUGGUAGUUCUGUGGAGUCCACCUCCAAUAUGCCAUCAUCAUCUGAAAGAAGCAAUCAAGCAGUGGAUGAUGGGCAUCAGAGUCCUGAUUGGAGUUCCAUAGGCCAGCGCAUCAUCCGUAGCAUCAUUGACAGUGAACUCCUGUACCUGGAAUUUCUCAGUGUUCUCUUACAGUACAUGAAGGCAUUGCAGGCAACCCUGAGCACCUCACAGCCGGUGCUGGCGGCCAAUGACUUUAAAGCCAUCUUCUACCGCAUCCCAGAGCUUUACUCCAUCCACAAGACAUUCCUUGAGGGGCUGAAGCAGAAGUUGGCCCAUUGGACACAUGAUACCACCAUUGGGGAGGAAUUUGUUCAUUUUGCAAAUCAGCUGGGGUUCUACACAUCGUUUGUGAAUAACUACAAGCACUCGCAGGAGACUCUGGACCGGUGUGCACGGACAAGCCCCCAGUUCCGAGAGGUGAUCAAAGGGAUGCGUGUUCGCUCCAUCCAGGGCCAGUCCUUCCCCCUCCAAGAGGUCCUACAUAAACCCAUCUCCCGAGUGCAGAAGCAUGCCAUGGUGCUACAGGAUCUCUUGCGAUACCUACCAAAAAGUCACCCUGAUCAUCGUUCCCUCAGCUUUGCCCUCUCCAAGACCCAGUGCUUUCUCAACGAGGCCAAUGUCCUCUCGGGUGAUGACUCUAACUUGCAAAUGCGCCACCAGCAAGUAGAGCGGCACCUGGUGAAAACGUCGUUCGUGGUGGAGCUGGUGGACGGGCAGAGGAAGCUGCGGCAGCUCCUGCUCUUCAACGACAUCAUCGUCUCGGCAAAGUGCAAGGCUUCGCGAGGAGGAGAGAAGUUCAUGGCGGAAGCAAAAUGGUACAUCCCUCUGAGCGAGGUCCUCAUCCCGAGCGAGGAGCUGGGCUGUCACCUCUGGGGUGCGGACGGGGUCCCGAGGGACCGCGAGUCCCUGGCCCUCAACGUCGAGCAUCUAGUCGCCCUCAAGUCCCAGGUCUCGUGCGUCCGGGGCCAGAUGCUCCGACAGACCAGCAGCGAAGACUCCUCCAAGAGUCGAUUUGGUGCUAGUCGUGCCCUCGGCCGACAGAGGAAGAAGCUGGAGGAGCUGAAGCUGCAGCUCGUGCUCGCUUCGCCGAACCUACCGUUCCGGGUGGCCCACCGCCACGGACGGGUCUACACGUUCCUCAUGUCUUCGGACUACGACCGGUGCCAGUGGACGGAGGCGAUCCACACGCUCCAGGGCUCCCUGAGCAUUCCCCUCACCCCGACCUCGAACCACGAGGACGUGCAGGCGUGGAUCGCUGCCAACCGGGCGUACCUGAAGAGCAACAUCGGCUGCGCGCCUCACCUCGGCUUCUCGGGGGAGUUCGGCUGGAAGGACGACGAGGACCCGCUCGUCGGGGAUCUCAUCGUCUCGGUCGUGGGGCUCCGAGGAAGCCUCCCGCAUCGUUCAGAGGUUUAUGUGCUGCUGGAACUGGACUCGUAUGGGCACUUCUUUGGGAAGGCACGGACACAGCCGCUGGCCCCUAGUGAAGCCUCCCGUGAUGGGCUCUGCACCUUCUGGGGGCAGGAGUUCACCAUGGAGCUGGAGGGCUCCCACAUGCUCCGUGCCCUCCUCUACCAGCUGGACCCGAGCGACACAGCGAGCUGUUCCGUCAGAGGCAAGGGCACCCUCCUGCUGAGUCGCCAGCGCCUAGCUGGUGGAAAAGAGUAUUCAGAGGAAGUGUCUCUUGGGGGCGGAGUGUUCCUAUCCUUGCGUCUCAAGUUCCUUUCUAGCGAGAUGACCAUCCGACGUGCUCCCUCCUCCAAACCUUCUGCCCUCUUUGGAGCUAGCAUUCAGCAAGUCCUCAAGCGGGAACGGCGGGACAUCCCAUUCAUAGUCUACAGCUGCAUCACAGAGGUGGAGCGGAGGGGGAUGACUGAGCUGGGCAUCUACCGUGUUUCUGGGUCUGCAUCAGACAUCAAUCGACUGAGAAAGGCCUUUGAGUCCAACAUGUAUGAGGCAGAGCAGCUGGUGAAGACAUUGGACAUCCAUGCAGUGACAGGGGUGCUGAAGCUGUACCUACGAGAACUCCCCGAAGCCUUGUUCACAGACCCCCUGUACCCUCAGUUCUCGACCACCUACAGCGGCCUUGAUGGGAGGAGUGGGGAGCGUUGCAAUGCCCUCUGCUCCAUCUUCAACCUCCUCCCACCACUAAAUCGCAAAGUCAUCCUUUUCAUCCUCGACCACCUUGUCAAGGUGCACACCCGUGAGGCAGAAAACAAGAUGUCCUUGCACAACCUGGCAAUGGUGUUUGGUCCAACGAUGAUGCGCCCAGGUGCCCAAUCACGUGAGGGUGCCAUCGACCCCUUUAUGGCUGGGAAUGAUGUUAUGGCUCAGGCAGGGAUCAUCUAUGACUUCCUACAACGAAGGGCCAAGGGGCUGCCCCUUGGGCCACCUCACUCCAUGUAGCACCACCCUGCCUACUGUGCCUCCUCAUACAACUUAAAUCCAGCCCUGCAAUGGGGCUACCUCUUUCUACAAAGAAACUUGUCCUAUGUGGCUGCCCUCACCAUAUUGAAUGAGUCAAAUCCAGCCAUCCUAACUUAUGUAAAACCAGUCUACCCAUCAUAUCAUUCCUGUCAGUAUAAGUGGCCCCUGGCAAUGAGCUGCCCAUUGGGCCAUUCUAUACAUUUUCCCAUUGUCUUCAUCCCUGCUCAAUCAAAAUUCCAAUCAUUUGCUUCCAUUUACUGCUUGCCUUCGAAUUUCUCAUUUGCAUGGCAUGUUAUUGUAAGAGUAUGACUUCCUGUUAGACUUAUUGAUUUUUGUCCCUCUUUCAUAUCAUGGUGUUAUCACAAUGCUCUUUUGCUAUUUGAAUACAUAUCCCAAAUUUAUAGGAAAUUGAAAACUGGUUUAUGAAUUAUUUCAUCAUGAACUUUUUUUUCUGCAGAAGCU